CGCAUGCGUACAAGUGCAUGUAUCCCAGGCGUGGAAAGAGCAACGUCUGGGCAGGAUAACGGCGUCCAAGUGUAUGGCUGUCAAUAAUAAGGUGGUAGAGCCGAGCCGGAGGAAAGGGGCUAGAACAACUCCACUUGUGGAAGGACUGGUGAAAGGGGGGCCAUCUCUGUCCCAUCUACCCGCUAAAGCUUGGGGAUGCAAGCAUGAGCAAGAUGCUGUCAACGCCUUCAAAUCGCAAGAGACAGUGAACCACGUGAAUCUGUCUGUAGAACAAGCGGGUCUUUUUGUCAAAGGUUCACUCUCGUACAUAGGCGCAACACUGGAUGCAGUUGUCAGAUGUGAGUGCCAUGGCAGUGCCCCUCUGGAAUGCAAAUGUCCCUACUCAGUAAGAGACCAGACAAUACAGGACAGUUUCAAGAAAACGGAUUUCCUUGAACAAGCAGAGUCUGGGGAGAUGAGGCUGAAGAGGAAUCAUACAUACUUCUACCAAAUUCAAGCCCAGAUAGCCGUAACUGAUACAAAGUUUGGUUACUUCUGUGUGUGGACAGGAAACGGGCCCACCUUUGUUGAGGUCAUAGAAGCAGCACCAGAGUGGUGGAAGAAGGUUGAGCAGAACCUCAUGUUCUUUUUCAAAGCCUAUGUUUCACAGUACCUAGAGGGUUUAAGGUGUUCACAUACUGCCCAACAUAUUCCAAGGUGUGUCUCGAAGAAGAUGAAAUCAAAGGGAAUGUUGAAUUUAGUGUGUGUUGUGAUACAUGCAACCUUUGGUUACAUUGGAAAUGUGCAUUAUAUUCAGUGUGCCCUGUGCCUAGACACGUAA